ACAUGUGACAGUAACUGCGGGCUGCCCGGGCAUGCCGCGUGCCAUUUUGGAGACAUUUCACCAAAUUAAUUUCGCCUGAAUGUCUCUGGAUUUAAUGUUUCGAUAGUUUUAACCUGUAAGCAGUGGAUGUAAAACCCUAGAGUUAGUCUCUGAGUUUCGGGGAAAGUUUAAUAUGUCUUUCUGAGCUCAAUUUUCUCAACUGCAAACCUAGUGUGUCUUUAGGUUUUCACGGCUGUUUUCGGCCUAGCCUUAUUUUAAGCAUUUUGAGUUCCUUAGGCUGCUUUUAACAGCACAGUGAAUUUACUUACUUAAAAAAAAAAAGAAAAAGAAAAGAAAAGCAUACCAUAGAAGCUAAAAAUAGGAGAUAAAGAGUUUUUAUCUAACCACAACUUCGUGCCUUGCAUAGAAAAAGCUUCCAACAGGACAUGAUGAUGAACAAGUUCAUGGCCAUGUUAAAGAAGAAUGAAAAUGAGCAUCCCCCACCCACCAAGCUGUUGAAUCAAGCAGAACAGCUUUGCCGGGAGCUCGAGAGCUCGUCUCCUAGUCUGAAGAAGCUGGUUGAAGCCAUGAUGGAAUGCCAGAACAAGAGAUAUUUUCUCACUAACAUCCAUGUUGUCCGAGCCUGUGUGUCUGUUCAUAUCCAUAAAGGGCAAUAUGAUGCAGCCUGCAGACUCCUGGAGGUAGGGAUGUGUCCUUCAGUUCUUCAGGGAAAUAAAAAGCCAUAUCUGUACUGCAAAGCAGAAGAGAAGGAAGAACUGGUGCAGCUUUGGCAUGAGAUUCACUACCAGAGGGUUAUGGAGAAACACCAGACAGAUGUUCUGACACCAUUGCAGAAAUUCCGCUGCAGGAAGAGGAAUCCUCCACCUAUUUCCCUUUGUCCUGAAGGUUUGAAGAAUCGAAACUAUUCAGAAAAAGUACGCCAGCACCUGUACAGGUUUGCUGCAGAGGUGACAGCAAAUCCAGACAAGAAACAGCGGGAGAGAUUGGCUCAGGACAUGAACCUGCAGCCAACUCAGGUCUAUAAUUGGUUUGCAAAUUAUCGACGACGUCAAAAAUCUCACCGCCUUGAUAAGGAAGAGCUCAACAAUUCAUGUCCUGAGAGGGCUUUGGCUUCCCAAACAGAUGAGCCACAGGAUAAAGAAUCCAACACUCCACAAACUGCAGAUGGAUCUCAUGUGGGCAUCAGCCCUGAGCAAACGGAGACAACCCCCAUGCCCUGUGAGCCAGGAUGGGAGCAGUCAGCUGCACCUCUGUAUAAGCUUCCUGAAGGAACAUAUUUAAAGAUGCUGGAAUCCAGCUGUGUGCAGAGCCCUCAGCUGUAUGAAGCUGGAACAAACAUGACUUUGUUCAACCCUCCCAGCACUGAACAACCUGUACCUCUUGGCACUGAGGCUGUGGUGGAAGCAGGAACCUGCUUUCCCUCCCGUGUGCUGCUGCCUGGAGAAGCAGUGAUCAGGGCUGCUGCCAGCCCCUGGCAACGGAGCUUUGUCCUGCACCCUUACGAGUCCCAUCCCUUCCCGAAUUAUUGGCUGCCCACGUGGUUGCCCCCUUACAGCACCAGAGAAGUCUCUGGCUCCGUGGGGACCCCAGGUGUAGAAGUUCUUCUCAGACUGUGUUUGACAAGCCUCAGUGCCCACCUGUUUCUGCACCCUGUGUGGAAGAAAGCCAAGCCUUGGGACAAGGCCAGGUAAGAACACACCUAAAGUUCAGAGAAAGGAGCUCUGUGCACACAAUCCCCUGCAGCUCUCUCAGAGGAGAUGUGAAAUCUCAUAUCAUAUUUAGUAUGAAACAUGUUUGAUUUAAGCAUUACUUCUGGAGUCCAGUUCAGGGCAAGCUGGGCAUUCCCUGGGUAACAUCCAGGAGACAGUAGAAGGAAAAGUGGUUUUGUUGACUUUUUCCUACUUGAAUUGCUAAUCAGACUCUAAUUUUACUAAAUGUGCCAUUGAAAUAGUGGCCAAAGGAUCCUGUGCAGAUCCAAAGUAUAAUUUAAAUUUUCAGCUAUGGAGGGCUCACCUAUAGAGCAAUCACACAAAGAUGGCUGCUUGAGGCCCUCCCCUCAAAGCUGUUUUGCACAAUUUGACUCUGUUCUCUC